CUUCCACAAGAUCAUAGUCACACAGAGCUGUGAAGAUGGCGUGUGUUGUGAGAUACAGUUUUCUAUUGAUUUCUCUUUGUUUGAGAAGCACUUCAAAGGCAGAAGCACAGCUGAAAGUUACAGUUACAACUUUGAAUGAAACUGAUGGGAAUGAGGUGAUCAUCCAGUGCACUACUGAUAAAACCCCUCAAGAUGGGGUGUACAUGUACAAACAAGAAGCAAAUAACAAUAAGUUUUUAGUCUUCUACUAUUACAAAGAUGGCACUCUUACCCCUAAAUCAGAAAUAAGCAAAAAUAAAGUCAAAGUAAAUGGAAAAUUUCCCAACCUUAAUGCCACCUUCUUAAAUGUAAAUGGCAGAGACAUUGGGCUUUACUGGUGUGAAUUUAAUCAAGAAGACAAAGUUACAGUUGGCAAACUUACAUGGUUAUGGAUAGUAGAUAAAAAAACAAAUAAAACAGGAGAAGGACAAGAAAAAGGAGAAACAGAAAUGGUAAGAACGAUGUGCCCAGAAGAUUCUCAUGUGAAGACCUUUCUCAUUGUGUCUGCUGUCAUCUCGCUACUGUGCAUCAUUGGCUUCAUCUUUGUGAUUCUGAAGGUGAGGGGGCAUGGGAGGAACAAGAAAUACAGUCCAUCAAAUCCACCCUCAGACUCAGUUUACGAAGAGAUGAAAAGGAGCAGUUCGGACGCCCACCCCAGUGUACGGACAUUCAUCAACCCUGACUAUCAAGCCACCAAGCUACUCCGCUAAAUUAAAAAUUUUUUAUGAUUCUCUAUUUGGAUUGGCAAGUGAUUUUGGAUUGAAAUCUUUCAAAUGAUUUAUUGCUUUGUAUAUGAGCUUAUCAUCUUCAUUUUUUCCAUCUUUCAGUUCAGAGAGAGAUAAACAAAAUUCUUUAAUUAAUUUAGUGUGAAUAUCAUGGUUAUAUUUAAGAUGUUGUAGAUCAAGAUGAAUUCAAAAUAGUUCAAGCGUGAAGAAUAAAAAAAAGACGCAGGAGUUCAAGAGAUAAUGUUAGCUGAUGGACAACAGAUACGUCAAAGACCUCCUUUGUGGUCUGAUCUGCACAAGCAUGUGCAAAGACCUCAAGAACGUUGUGAAAAGCCUGCUACUUUCAGUCUGACAAGUAGGCCAACACUGAACUUACUGAUGGAUUUAGAAUCGUAUUUCAUUCCUCUGUUUAAAAUAAUGGCAAUCAAAACUAUUUUGUUUCACUGCAAAUUUUAAACUAAAUACGGUAAAAAAAAAAAAAAAAAAAAAAAAAAAAAUGUAGGCUACUUGUUUGCACAGCGUGUAUUUUACUCUCUGAUGUUUCCACUCUUAACCAAUCAUCUUCCUUUGCAGCUGUGGUCAUGUCUUCCUCUCAAUAACCUUUGAGAAUACAUCAAACAAGCAACACUGACAUGUUUCUUGUUAACUAACAAUGAUAAAGUUUAAGAAGUAUGCAGUUUGUGUGCAGAUAAAGCUUUUAUGUAUUAAAAGAACAUAUAUAUUAUGUAACAUGCAUGCUGUUUUACUCAUCAUUCAACUUGGUAGCAUUUUUAAUGUAUUUUAAUGUUUUUAAUGUAGUGUUUAUAUGUGUAUGAUUUAGUAUAUCUUGUCUCUGACACGAGUGUCUCUUAUCUAUGUAUUGUGCAAAAUAAUAUUGGAAAAUAAAAUGCAACUAAACAUUUGAUUAAA